ACCUCACCGUGCAACUAAGUGUUAGCGACCCCCAUCGCAUUACCAAGACCACUUCGCGAUGUCGUCUACGUUCACCCCCUCGCGAGAUGUCGACAUGACCAAGGAGAAGGACUGGCCCUUAAACCUAGGCAUGCUUGAUUGGGACUCGACGAACAUUGUUUUCACGAAGCGAAGCCUGGUCGAGUUCCUCAAGUACGCUGGCGUUACCGUGGAUCCUGGCUUCACGAAUAUCCAGAAACUGCCGCGAUACGCAAAAUUCGGAAAGAUGGCAACUAACGAGGCUGAACCCGCUGGUAUUGCGGAAACGACUUUACCUGCUGUUACCGAGACAUCUCCCAACAGGAGGUUACUCGCAGAAGAGUUCACGGACGAUGCGCUGUCAAUGGCACCUCCCCGCCCAAGUGAGGGAAACGUUAGUGACGAUGCCAUCAAGCCCGUGUCAACCGUUGAAGGGAGCACUGGCACUGGAGAUUUUAGGCCUACUCGACGCGUACGAACUACCCCUGGGGGAUCGAGUAGCAUUGCGAGCAUCUUCGGUCACGACGAUACCCAGCAAGAAUUCGUCCCAACGCGCAAAGUACGCGAGCGCCCGGGAGGUAAAGACAACAUCGAAGGGCUAUUUUAGGCUUUGUAAGAUAGACAAGUGGAUGUUUGUUUGUUGUACCCUUUACCAUGUUACAGAGGUUUUCUGCUUUAAACGAGUAAUGCAGUG